UAUUCCUCCAUUCUGUAUUUACGGCAAUACUUUCCCCCUUCUAUCAACAAAAGCCGCCUGAGUCCGCACCCAACCCCAACCGGCUUGGUUGCGAGCUGCGUCAUGGCGGGGAUGGAGCCCCGCAAAACCCCUCCGGAGUACUUCCUGGAGAUCUUCGCCGACACCACCCAUGUGCGAGAUGUAUUGAAGGGUGUCCUCAACCUCAUCUUCUUCCACCGUUACUUCCCUUCUAUCCGGCCGGUCACCUUUGACGUGCUCGAUUUCACACUCCCCGCUAUAAACGAUGCAGAUCUAGAGACACUGAUUGAAUCGCGUAUAUCGGCUCUGGUCCGGCAGCACCUAUCCUCCGCAGCCGGCGGGCAGGAUGGUCAAAUUGUCGGAGGGGGCGGGGGCGUGCGAGGGCGGAUCGCAAUCGAGUUCUACGAGAAGAAACGGCGUCGCUCGGGGCACUGGUUUGGCGGAUUAACAGCGAAAGGCGAGGAAGAAGUGUGCUGGGAGAUUUGGACACUUGAUGUGACGAUCGCAACACCGCGCACUGAGUCCGAACGAGCCAAGGUGCGCAAGGCAAUGGGAAAUAUGUUGCAAAAGGCAGCCUUGAAAAUCUUGAGCGUGGUCAAUAGAGAUAAAGACCAUAUCCCACCCAUCACUACUAGCGAUUCCAACCCAUUCCCCUAUCGGAUUGUCGUCAACCCUCGCGCUGACGGCUGGGGUAAUCGCAUGGGGCUCUACUGAGCUAUGCGGUUUGACUAAGAUCUUGGACGAUACUAUGAUACUUGGAAUCGUCAAGUCCGAUACGUUCCCACUCCGAUCAUUGUUCAACCAACCGGACACGUUGCUUUUAUUUCCUUCAAUGGAACAUGGCCACGGGCGAUCGACCCCGAUACGAUUUACGAAGUCUGUCAGAUAUUAUAAAAAGGGCUAUUACUACGAGCCUACGAAACCCUCAUGUGCUGUUCUUGAACUUUCAAGCGAUGGCCAUACGGAGUUCAGUACUUAGGUGUUUAAUUUUUUUUUGGGAUUCUUGAAAGGGCUGGGCUGGGUCUUUUUACAAUGUGGCGUAAGUACAUAUGGAGC